AUGUUUAAGAUCACUAAUACUGAAUCUUGUCUGAUCAUACAUUUGCUUUGCCAGAAACCAUGGCAGAAGGAGGUCGAGCUUCGAAGGAUUUGCUUCUCCCUUAAUGGGAACGAAAUAAGGAAUAAUGAAAACACGAAAAAGAAGGGCAUUCAGGUUAACACUGAUAGAAAAGUACUGAAAGUUCUUCCAAAGGUUCCAUAA